AUGGUCGACGGUGCAAGUGAGACACGCCACGACAGCCCUGCUGAUACGUGUCUGGGUCGGUGGAUGCGGUCUUCGGUGGGUGCGUGUCCGCGCAGCCGGCACCGUGUGCGGAGCAGGGCCAUUGCGGCUGUGCGUGCGGCGCUUCUUUUGGUGUUGGUGCUGGUUGCGGCGGCAUGGAUGCCCGCGGUGCAUGCGGUGGUGUUGCGACUGCGGGGCGGCACGGUGGACAGAGCCAUCACGGUUGGCCGUGCCGUGGACACGGUGCUGAUGGACGGCGUUUCCAUCACGAACGGCGUGGCUGUGGUGUUCGACGUUGCGGCGAUGCUUCCCGGUCCGCUGCGCAUCGAAUUGAGGAACUGCGUGUGCGACGGCGGUGCGCAGAUCUACGUGCGGGGCUACAACGGCGAGCCGGCGAGUGACCGGAGCCUGGAGGUGAGCGUGAGCGGGCUUCCCGGCGAAUACUG